CCUUCCUGGUGCUGGGUGUUCUGCAGAAGCUGUGGUCCACCUUGGCUCCGGCGGACAGAGGGUCCACUAUGGAUCCUCCAGUCCUGCUAGUCUUCCCUUUGUUGCUGGCCCUGCCAACACCUUGCAAUGCUUGUGAUUGUAAAAUUCAGCACCCGCAGGCACAUUACUGCACAUCAGACAUCGUCAUAUUAGCUGAUAUACAAGGACCAGGAAACAAAACUGUGACAAAACAAGGUUUCAGAGUCAAUGUCAUUAAGGUGCUCAAGGCUCCCAGGGGCAACCCAAGAAUCCAAGAGAUCUACUCCCCCAUCCCUUCAAAGGAGUGUGCUUAUAAGCUGAGGACCGCUCAACAGUCACAACUACUUAUUGCAGGCUAUAUGAGGGGGGGCACAUUGCGCUUCACAAGAUGCCACCUGGUCUAUUUCUGGUACCGGCUCUCCAGAGAGCAGAGGCUAGGUUUUGAGGGAGCAUACAGAACAGGAUGCAAAUGUCGAGUUCAGCCCUGCGUCUUCUGCUGGCGUCCCUGCCCUGAGCCUGACGUCGGAGAGUGUGUGUGGAAACAACGAGGCUGUAGAUACAAAAUCUGGGAAGGAAACCAUUCCUUGCACUCCAUGUGUGCCCCCUCCGCGAGUGGGCGCUGUGAGUGGACCCCCAUCCCGAGGAGCCACCAAUACCAAACCUCACCGCCAGCCCUCUCUCUUCGCUAGGCCCGAAAUCACAUCAUAGAGUUUGAAUGUUCUGUUUCCUGGCCUGGCUGCUGUUAACAGAGCUGAGUCAGUUUUGCACAUCUCCAUUGAAUUGUACACUUCAGUUUUGUUUUCUUUCUGUAAGUAGAGUAUGCAUCAAUAAAAUUUACAAAAAUAAA